AUGCGUCUUUUACAAUGCAGCGACUCUGACGGAUACCAUUCAAUGAUUGCUUUGCCUGGCAACGAGGCAGUACCUCCCUAUGCAAUUCUAUCACAUACUUGGGGAGCGGAAGGCGACGAAGUCACCUUUGAUGAUCUCAUAAAUGGCACUGGCACGGAUAAACCUGGCUAUGACAAGAUUCGGUUCUGCGCAGACCAAGCCCGGCAAGAUGGCUUGGAGUACUUCUGGAUUGACAGUUGCUGCAUUAACCAAGAAGACAAGGCUGAGCUGUCCAAGGCCAUCAACUCCAUGUUUCGCUGGUACCGCAACGCAGACCGAUGCUACGUCUAUCUGUCAGAUGUCUCGACAGCUAAGCGGAAAGUGAAUGGCGACGCCUGCGAGUGGGAAGCUGCCUUUCGGAGAAGCCGAUGGUUCACUCGGGGCUGGACACUCCAGGAGCUCCUUGCGCCUCGUGUUGUCGAGUUCUUCUCCCGGCAACGCAAACGCCUCGGCGACAUGUAUUCGUUAAAGAAACAUAUACACGAGAUUACUGCUAUCCCAGAGGCUGCGCUUGAAGGAGAGUUGCUGUCGCAAUUUAGCGUCAAUGAUCGCUUGUCAUGGAUCGAACACCGCGAAACCAAGCGUGAAGAAGAUAAAGCGUACUCAUUGCUGGGUAUUUUCGGUGUCUACAUGCCUCCAAUUUACGGCGAAGGAAUAGGUAGAGCAUUUAGCCGUCUCCAAGACGAGAUCAAGAAGCUAGAGGAGUGUACACGAGACUUAUACGUCACCGAUCCACGGCGUGAUAAAACGCGUAUCGAAGAGACCAAAGGCGGACUUCUAGAGGAAUCCUACAAUUGGAUCUUCCAAAACCCAGAUUUCCUCUACUGGCGAAAUGACCCGCAAAGCCGGCUGCUGUGGAUCAAGGGUGACCCUGGAAAAGGCAAAACUAUGCUGCUCUGUGGCAUCAUCAACGAGCUGAGGAAGUCGACGGUUAAGACAUCCUUACUCUCCUACUUCUUCUGCCAGGCAACUGACUUGCGUAUCAACAGCGCAACGGCUGUACUUCGGGGUCUUCUGUUCAUGCUUGUCAGCCAGCAGCCAUCGCUUAUCUCGCAUCUACGGAAGAAAUACGACCAGACAGGCAAAGCAAUUUUUGAGGAUGCCAAUGCUUGGGUUGUCUUAUGUGAGAUUUUCACAGAUAUCCUGCAAGAUUCGAGCCUGGAUAACACGUACUUUCUUAUUGAUGCGCUUGACGAAUGCGUUAAGGAUCUAGAGAAGCUGCUAGCCUUUCUCAUACAGAAAUCGUCUCUAUCGCCUCGUGUCAAGUGGAUAGUAACGAGUCGUAACCACACCAGUAUUGAACAGCGACUUCUGCUCGACAAUUUUGGAGCGAGGCUAUGUCUUGAGCUGAAGGAAAACACUGAGCAAGUAUCCCGUGCUGUUAGCACUUACAUCAACCAUCGCCUUAUGGAAUUGGAACAAAUUCAACAUGACCGAGCACUCCAAUUAUUUGUUCAAGAGAAAAUGCAACAGAAGGCGAAUGGCACUUUCCUCUGGGUGUCUCUAGUCAUGAAAGAGCUCAAAGAUGCAUUGGUCUGGGAAAUCCUACAGGUCCUCGACGAAGUCCCGACAGAGCUUACAGACGUAUAUCGGCGGAUGAUGGAGCGUAUCAGGCAGUUAAAGCGCCGUAAUCCAGAACUGUGCCGCCGGAUUCUGUCUACCGUCGUCGUGACAUACCGUCCGCUACAUCUGCAGGAGCUUUAUGUUCUAGCAGACUUGCCCAAUCAAGGGUCUAGCGUAGAGCAAACGACGACGGCGAUGGUAAAUAUGUGUGGUUCGUUUCUUACGAUACGAGGAAACCAUGUGUACGUCAUUCACCAGUCGGCUAGGGAUUUCCUGUUGGAUGGCGCUGGCUCCAGCGUGUUCCUAUCCCGGGCGGGAGAGGUCCACGAGCGCAUCCUUUCUAGAUCUAUGCAGAUCAUGUCUAAAGAUCUUCAACGAGACAUAUACCAACUAAAGGCGUUGGGAUAUCCUAUCGAGCAAGUUCAGCCGCCGGAGCCUGAUCCAUUGGUAGCCUUGCGCUACUUGUGUGUCUACUGGGUCGAUCAUCUUUACGAAUGGAGUUCUACCUCUUCACGAUAUGGUAGUGAUGUCUUGCAGAGCGGGGGUCCUAUCGACAGCUUUCUCAGAGAAAAGUAUCUUUACUGGCUCGAAGCUUUAAGCCUUUGCAAGAGCGUAUCGAAAGGUGUACUCUCGAUGGCGAAACUAGAGGCUUUGAGUAAUGAAGUAACGGCUGUGUCCUUAACCGAGAUAGUUCAAGAUGCACGCCGAUUCAUUAUGUAUCACAAAUCGGCCAUAGAGAGCAGUCCUCUACAGGUCUAUGCUUCUGCGCUUUUAUUCAGCCCAACUCGCAGCCUUGUACGGAACAUCUUCCAAAAUGAAGAGCUAAACGGAAUCGUGUUCAAGCCGGCUAUAGGCAAGGAAUGGAGUAGCUGCCUGCUGAGGCUCGAGGGCCACAGCUCUUAUGUCAACUCGGUGGCCUUUUCCCACGAUUCAACCCGGCUAGCGUCAGGAUCUCAUGACCAUACAGUUAGAAUAUGGGAUGCUAGCAGCGGCGAGCACCUAUUAACGCUCAAGGGCCAUAGCCAUUUUGUAUCGUCGGUGGCCUUCUCUCACGACUCAAACCGGCUAGCGUCUGGGUCAUGGGAUAAAACAGUCAAAAUAUGGGACGCGUACAGUGGUGAGUGCCUAUUAACGUUUAAGGGCCAUAGCAACAUCGUUCUAUCGGUAGCCUUUUCCCACCACUCAAACCGGCUAGCAUCCGCGUCACAAGACGGUACGAUGAAGGUGUGGAACACUUACAGUGGUGAAUGCCUAUCAACGCUUAAGGGCCAUAGCGACGCCGUCUGCUCAGUAGCCUUUUCCCACGACUCAAACCGGUUAGCAUCCGCUUCAAGAGACUGCACAGUCAAAGUGUGGGAAGCACAUAGCGGCGAGUGCCUGUUGACGCUCAAGAGUCACAGUGACGUCUGCUCUUGGGUUUCAUCGGUGGCCUUAUCCCAUGACUCAACCCGGCUGGCGUCCGCAUCAUGGGACAAAACAGUUCAGGUAUGGGAUAUGCACAGCGGUGAGUGCCUAUUGACGCUUGAGGGCCAUAGCAGUUUUGUCGAUUCGGUGGCCUUUUCCCACAACUCAACCUGGCUAGCAUCCACAUCCUAUGACCGUACGAUCAAGGUGUGGGACGCGUACAGUGGUGUAUGUCUAUCAACGCUCAAGGGCCAUAGCGACGCCGUCUGCUCUGUAGCCUUCUCCUGUGACUCAACCCGGCUGGCAUCCGCAUCAUGGGACAAAACAGUUAAGGUGUGGGACACCAACAGCGGCGAGCGCUCCUCAACACUGGAGGACUACAACGAUUUCAUCGAGGGACACAGCGACCAUGUGACAUCAGUGACCUUCUCCCACGACUCGACCCGGCUGGCUUCGGCAUCUGACGACAGUACGGUUAAGGUGUGGGACACCAGCAGCUGUGAGUGCCUAUUAACACUUGAGGGCCACAGCGGUGGCAUAAAAUCAGUAGCCUUCUCCUAUGACUCUACCCGGCUGGCGUCUGCGUCAUGGGAUAGCUCAGUUAAGAUGUGGGACGCUAGCAGCGGUGAGUGCUUAAUAACACUUGAGGGCCAUAGAUCCUGCGUCAGCUCGGUGGCCUUCUCACAGGACUUAGCCCGGCUGGCGUCCGCGUCCUACGACGGUACGAUCAAGGUGUGGGAUGCCCAUAGCGGCGAGUGUCUGUCGACAAUUAAGAACCAAAGCAACUUCGUUGAAAGCCACAACAGCCUUUCUGAGAACUCCAGCAAAUUCAUCGAGUCGGUCGCCUUCUCGCACGACUCGAAGCAGGUGGCGUCCGCGUCCUGGGAAAAUACCGUUAAGGUGUGGGAUACCAUCAGCGGUGAGCUCGUGUCGAUACUCAAGGGUCACGGUGGCUUCGUUUACUUGAUGGCCUUCUCUCAUGACUCGAACCAGCUAGCAUCCGCAUCGUACGACAAAACAAUCAAAUUAUGGAACAUCAGCAACGGCGAGUGUUUGUCAACGACUAAAGUUGAGAACCCACUCAAUCGCAUCUCAUUCGACUCUAGCGACAGCCACAUAUAUACUGACAUUGGUGUCAUGAACAUUAGUGCUUUGCCGAUUUUGACUCCAACGUCAACUGGUACCGAACUUGAGAUCACUCAGUAUCGAGGCGUGGGCUUGAGUGCAGACAACGCAUGGAUAACAUACAAUUCAGAGAAUCUACUGUUGUUGCCUGCAGAGUAUCAGCCAUCUCAUUCAGCAGUGUCAGGAGAUACCAUAGCCAUGGGUUUUGGAAAGGGAGGGGUGUGGAUCUGCGAAGUUCAGAGUGACAAGUUCUAGUAAUAUUAGAGCACCAACAUGCCUCGAUUCACGGAUGGAAUAUUUUCGACUACCUCCAUUUCAUAUUGCAGAGAUAGCUAGAAAUCAGGAAGAGAACACACUAAGCAGGC